AUGACUUUUUGGAGUCAAGUCAAGACAGCUAGUGCUUUGGCAGAAGCAACAAAGAGUGACGCCAAUUUCCUGGUGAUUUCCGGCAUCACCUCUCUUUCAUUUCUUACAUCUACGAAGAGCACAAAAAUCAGACCAUCUGCGAGGUGCCAAUUGCAGAAAAAUCUUCAGCAAACACCACUGCCCAGAGAUUUGGAUUCUCGCCGCAACCAAACCGCCAUGAGCAGUAGUUCUUCUCAUUAUGUGGUCGAUAUUGAAUCGACCGAUGGUAGGAGCCGAGGAUCAGCAGACAGGAUCGGUUUUUGCAUCUUUAGAGUGCCUCAAAGUCUGUCCGAGAUCAAUCAGAUGGCUUACCGGCCUAACACGGUCCCGAUCGGCCCCUACCACCACAGAAACCCACAGUUUGAAAAGAUUCAAGAGCACAAGCGGCGAUUCUCCAUCGAUCUGCUCAAUCGAAGGCACCAAAGUGUGGAGAAGCUACAGCACUUUGCCGAGGCUUUAAAACCAAUGGAGGAGGAGAUAAGAAAGUGUUAUUCCGAGGUCUUAGCUUUCAACAGCGAUGAGCUCGUCCAGAUGAUGGUACUUGAUGGUUGCUUCAUCAUUGAGCUGUUCUGCAAGUACUCCCGGAAAUUGUCAAGUCACACCGAUGAAAGGCAUGACCCCUUAUUGACCGAGCCUUGGGUGUUGCCUUUCCUUAUGCGGGAUCUCGCCAAACUCGAGAACCAGAUUCCAUGGUUCGUUCUUAAAAGUCUGUUCGAUCUGACGCUGGGUUCCUCAAAUGAGAGCUAUCCUUCUCUAUCAGAUCUUGCCCUGAGUUUCUUCAACCGCAUGCUUCAAAGACCUGACCAUGUCUUGAAGAAGUACUCCAAUCAGGACGGAGAACAUCUGCUUAAUUUCCUCCGUUCGACUUUCAUCCUGGAUUCUCCAACAACAAAGCAAAACCAAAAUAAAUCCCAUCGUCUGAUCCAGCCUGCGAAUAAGCUUGACCAGGCAGGCAUUAAGUUCAAGCCGACCCAUUGUGAAAGCUUCAUAGACGUCAAAUUCAGCAACGGUGUCCUAGAAAUUCCGGUACUAAAAUUUGAUGACUUCUUGAGUUCUCUGAUUCUCAAUUUCAUUGCAUUUGAGCAGUGCCACAGGGACUCCCCCAAGCAUGUCACAACUUACGCCACUUUCAUGGCUUGCCUCCUUAACACACCGGCAGAUGCCGAGUUCCUGUGCAAUCGCAAGAUCAUCGAGAGAUACUUCGGGACAGAUGAGAAAAUUGUCCAUUUCUUCAGCAACAUCGGGAAAGAUGUUGUGUUCGACAUCCGCAAGAACUAUUUAUGCCAGGUGUUCCAGGAUGUGAACACAUAUUGCGAGAAGGACUGGCGAGUACAUUUGGCCAGCUUCAAGAACACCUACUUCAAAACGCGGUGGUCUUUCAUAUCAGCUGUAGCUGCAGUCAUUCUUCUUGCUCUGUCGGCAAUUCAGUCUAUAUUUGCUGUGAUUGCUUAUUACCGACCUCCUAAGUGACGUUUAAUGUACGAUCUACAUCUGCUGCUCAUUGGUGUUGGUCAUUUGUGCAUGUUUCCGACCUCCUUCAUGAUUUCAAUAUCAUUAGUAAUGAUUGUCCUAUA